AUGGCAGUGUGUGCUGGAUGCCAUCAGCCGAUACGAGACAGAUUCCUGCUCAGAGUCAACGACGGCCUCUGGCAUGAGGAGUGCGUCCGGUGCGCAGCGUGCGGGGACGCGCUCAGGAACUCCUGCUUCCAGAGGGACCGCAAACUUUACUGCAAGAGGGACUACACCCAUCUGUUCGCAGUGCAUUGUGGGGGCUGCGCGAAGGCCGUCUCCCCCGCUGAGCUGGUCAUGCGUGCGGGCGCCGCCGUGUUCCACCUCCGCUGCUUCACCUGCAGCAUUUGUUCCUGCCGCCUGCAGACGGGAGACCGCUGCAUUCUCAGGGACGGACGACUGCUAUGUGCCCGAGAGGGCUACCACCAGUGUCUGGCUUGUUCCGCCUCUUCUGAUACAGGUAAAAGUGAUGACGAUGAUGAUGACGAAGUAGAAGAUGACAAGUCUGGGAGGCUCACAGGCAAAUGUGGCAGAGCAGAUGUAGAAAGAGAGAGUAAGCGCCCCAAAAGACCUCGCACCAUUCUAACUACUCAACAAAGACGCACUUUUAAAGCAUCCUUUGAGGUCUCAUCCAAACCCUGCCGAAAGGUGAGAGAGACCUUGGCUGCAGAGACUGGUCUGAGUGUCCGGGUUGUGCAGGUCUGGUUCCAGAACCAAAGAGCUAAAAUAAAGAAAGUGGCCAGGAGACAGCAGCAGGAACAGCAGCAGACUCAGGAGCACUGUGACCACUCGUCUGGUCAGAAAGCACCCUCCCGUGGUAGUUUGAUCCCUGACAUGAAGCACAUGAGGCACACGUAUGGCAAUGUGGAGCGACCACAGCAGGAGACGGGACUAGCCACACGAGAGCAGCAGGACUGGGACAUGGACCCCUUCAGACAGGGCCUGACCCCACCUCAGAUGCCAGGGGAUCACAUGCACCCUUACGAUUUUAAGGGCUCAUAUGGAGACAUGGAAAGGAAUACUCUGUAUCAUGUGGCUGACAGCGAAUGCCUCUCGCUGAGUGACUCGCCCCUCACUCCCAUCGGCCGCCUGUACUCCAUGCAGAACUCAUACUUCACCUCCUGA